AUGGCCGAAGUAGACCCCCCACAACCUAUCGAGACCGAUCAACCUCAAACCGAAAUCCCUUCUGAAACGCCUCAAGACCAGCAGCCACAAGAUGGAGAUGUGGAUAUGACGCCGAAAGGUGAAGACCAGCAGGAAGGGAAAGAGAAAGAUGACGAAGGAGAGAAGAUACCAGAAGAUGCGUGUGAGACGCUGUAUUUGCAGAAUCUGAACGAGAAAGUUAGGAUACCAGUCAUAACCGAAACCCUCUAUUCUCUCUUCAAGCCCUACCGCCCACUCCAACCCGUCAUAGCUCACCGUAACGUCCGAAUGAGAGGUCAGGCAUUCAUAAGUUUCCCAGAUAUCCAAUCUGCAAAUGAAGCGAGGAAGGACGUAUCAGAAUUCCCAUUGUACGGUAAACCCAUCCAAAUAUCAUUUGCCCGUGGACGAUCAGAUAGUAUAGUCAAGAAAUUAGAAGGUGAUGAGAAAUUUGAUGAACACAAGGCUAAAAGGUUAGAGGAAAAGAAACAGAGGAGACGUGAUAAUCCACUACGACAGAAAGCUCAAGCCAAACUCAAAGCUGAGGAAACCGGUGCUGCACCAGCUAAGAAACAGCGUCUCCAAAUGCCCGAUGAAUACCUACCGCCCAAUAGCGUAUUGUUCAUUCAGAACCUUCCUGAGGGAACUACGUCGGACGAUCUCAGAGAAGUCUUCGAAGUGCACGCGGGAUUGGUUGAAAUCCGUACCAUCCCAGCGAAGAAGGAUAUUGCCUUUGUCGAGUUCGCAGACGAGAAUGCGGCGACGGUCGCUAAGGAUGCUUUGCAUAACUUCAAGAUUGAUGGUGAGACUAAGAUGAAGGUUACAUACGCAAGGAAGUAG